AUGCAACGCGAGCCUGUUCUUUGGACAAAAGUGGGAUACUGGGCAUCGUGCCGCGCCGCUGUUUGCUGGGUAUGCGCUGAUGGGCUGUCGCACUUCCAAGUGCGGCUACCUUGGGCAGGCCGAGGGAAUGGCGCGGAUGCCGUGGAAGUCUUUGCCAGAACUACCUGGUUGUCAGAGUUGAAGGUGGAUGGCGCUACAGGAGAAAGCUCAGGGUCAAGAAGAAGGGGAAGGAGGCUAUCAUUUACCACGGUGGCAGAUAUUCUCAACUUGGGUACCGUACCUAGCUCACCUUACCUUACCUUGGUCCCGAUAACCUUUCCAACCGCCCGAAAGCACAUGAGUGAAUACACAGAAGAAGCAUUCUAUCCCACCGAGUCCAUUCCCGUCACCAGCCAGCAGGCGCCCCCUUGGGGGUCUGGUCAAAACUGGCUGGGUGGUAGAGUGGUUCAAGUCCACGAACAGCCUAAUCGGUGA